AUGGCCCCUGAAGCCCCCCGGCCCCCCCGGGCCUCGCACCUGAAACGCUCCCUAUGGUGCCGCUUAGGCACGUGCCGUUACGCUGGCCAGCAACGCAGCAUGCCAAACACACACAACACAACACAAAGCACACAGCUCAGCUUAGCUCAGAUCUACACAUUCCCACACUCACAGAGGGAGGACAAGAGAAUAGGGGGAUAUGAGGGAGGACGCUCUGAGUCCUUGGCACUGCCGACUAGGUUGUUGCUACCAUCGCAGGAGCCGUCCGGGGCCUCCAACAUCUCGGCCGCCUCCUCUUCGGUGGAGGUGAAGGAGGAGGAGAAGGCGGCAUCUCUGCCAGAGACCCGCGAGGACCAAGACGAUGAUGACAUCGCUAAGUCUGUGGGGAGCGUGAAGCAGGAGGCUAUAUACUCGUCAUCAGUGCUAACUCUGGCAGCCGGGCCUGAGGGGCUAGUGCACUCCCUUCCCUCUUCGCACGGCAACAACCGUCAACUGCCGACCAAUAGGAAACCUCCAGAGGAGCCCGCCAGAAACACUGACCCUCCAUCCGUGACCCCUGAGGCCAAUGACAUCGCAGUCACCAGUUCAGAGGAGGCGCCCGACUACCCACAAAACGGCGACCUGCCUACCUCCUCGCUGGCCUCCAUUCUGGACCUGGAGGAGACGGACACCUCCCCGCUGGUGGACUCCCCCAUGGGCUCCCUCAGCCCGAGCCUGUGGAGCAGGACCUCCCCAGAAGGAGCAGGAGGAGCAGGAGCAGGAGGCCUGUGUCCUCUGGGCUACUAG